AUGAGUGACAAAAGUAAAAUUAAUGAGCCAUUUAGCAGUAGAUCAAGUGAUGAUUACAUCUCAGAAAGUGAAAGCAGUGACAAAAAUGAUGCACUUGAAGCAAAAAAUGCUCCUAGACCUGGGGUUAAAAAGAAUAGACUAGUCGUGGAUAGUUCACAGUGGCAGAGAAAUAAACGCAAAAGUAUGUUAGCUAAGGGCGAAAAGCAUUUAAAUAGUGUUAAAAAAAUUAAGGAGGCUCAGAAGAUAAUGAACGACUGCAAAUGCAAAUUCAAGUGUUUUGAAAGGGUGACAGAAGAGGACAGAGCAUGUAUACUCAAAAAGUUCAAUGAAAUUGGUGAUAAAAUCCUACAAGACACGUAUCUAUCGGGUUUAAUUUCAGUAUUUCCUGUAUCUAAAGGAUAA